AUGGCAGAUAGACUCACGCAACUACAAAUAUGCUUAGAUCAAUUGGUAGAGCAAUUUAACGCCACAGUAAAUUAUGUGAACACCAAUAGUGAACCAGGAUUAUUAGAUGAUGACCCGACAUCAGCAAUCAAUUUAGCUGCUAGUGCACCUAUUCCCGGUCAACAACAACAGCAAGGAAGCGGAGCCGAUAGUAAUAAACAAACCAAUGCGAACUCCGUAUCUAACCAUCCCUCUGCAAGAGCAGCAGCAGAAACAAACUUCGAUAGCACUAUUAAUGAGCUUCUGACAGACAUAAUAUUAAAAUCUAGACAAAUAUCUAUGCUCAUAGAUUCACUUCCAGGCAUAGGAGUAUCUCCUGCAAAUCAACUCAAGUUGAUUGAAGAUUUGAGCAAUAAUUUAAAAGAUGUGGAAAGAGAGAGGAUCGAGAAAAUCAAAGAAAAGGAUGCAUUACUUAAAUGGUGUGAAUCGUUGAUUACUGAUGUGGCAAAAGGGAUUUCGGAUACCAGGAGCUGA